UCCCACCCCCUUCUCCCAGCGCCGAGUGCAAGGUCCCUUUAAGGCGACGGCGCCUUCCUCGGGUCAGACUACCGGCGGCGACGACCACGGGAGCAUGGCGGACACCGACUUGUUUAUGGAAUGUGAGGAGGAGGAGUUGGAACCAUGGCAGAAAAUCAGUGAUGUUAUCGAGGACUCUGUAGUUGAAGAUUAUAAUUCAGUGGAUAAAACUACUGCAGUUUCUGUGAGCCAGCAGCCAGUCUCGGCUCCAGUGCCCAUCGCUGCCCAUGCUUCUGUUGCUGGGCAUCUCUCUACUUCCACCACCGUUAGUAGCAGCGGGGCACAGAACAGCGACAGUACAAAGAAGACUCUUGUCACACUAAUUGCCAACAACAAUGCUGGCAAUCCUUUGGUCCAGCAAGGUGGGCAGCCACUCAUUCUGACCCAGAAUCCCACACCAGGUCUGGGAACCAUGGUUACUCAACCAGUAUUGAGGCCUGUCCAGGUCAUGCAGAAUGCCAAUCAUGUCACUAGUUCCCCUGUGGCCUCACAACCAAUAUUCAUCACUACACAGGGAUUUCCUGUAAGGAAUGUUCGGCCUGUACAAAAUGCAAUGAAUCAGGUUGGGAUUGUGCUGAACGUACAGCAAGGCCAAACAGUUAGACCAAUUACACUAGUCCCAGCCCCAGGUACGCAGUUUGUUAAGCCAACAGUUGGAGUCCCGCAAGUGUUCUCUCAAAUGACCCCAGUGAGGCCAGGCUCCACGAUGCCUGUGAGGCCAACCACCAACACCUUCACCACUGUCAUCCCAGCUACUCUCACCAUUCGGAGCACUGUCCCACAGUCCCAGUCACAGCAGACCAAGUCCACUCCCAGCACAUCCACAACUCCCACUGCCACGCAGCCAACCUCAUUGGGGCAACUAGCUGUUCAGCCUCCAGGCCAGUCCAACCAGACCUCAAAUCCCAAGCUAGUGAGCAUUGCCAGCUUUGUCACUGUGAAGCGACCUGGGGUUACCGGUGAAAAUAGCAAUGAAGUGGCCAAAUUGGUGAAUACCCUUAAUACCAUCCCUUCCCUGGGUCAAAGUCCUGGGCCAUUGGUGGUAUCCAACAACAGUUCUGCCCAUGGUGCUCAAAGAACCAGCGGUCCUGAAUCUACAAUGAAAGUGGCCUCUUCCAUUCCAGUGUUUGACCUCCAGGAUGGUGGACGGAAAAUAUGUCCACGGUGUAAUGCUCAAUUCCGUGUUACUGAAGCUUUGAGAGGGCACAUGUGUUACUGUUGCCCAGAAAUGGUUGAAUACCAGAAGAAAGGAAAGUCCUUGGAUUCAGAACCCAGUAUCCCAUCAGCAGCAAAGCCACCAUCCCCUGAGAAGACAGCUCCUGUUACUUCCACACCUUCUUCUACACCUAUUCCUGCUCUUUCACCACCUACCAAAGUACCAGAAGCAAAUGAGAGUGUUGGUGAUGCUGUCCAAACCAAGCUCAUUAUGCUAGUAGAUGACUUCUACUAUGGACGGGAUGGUGGAAAAGUAGCCCAACUCACAAGCUUUCCUAAGGUCGCCACAUCUUUCCGAUGCCCCCAUUGUACCAAAAGGCUAAAAAACAACAUUCGAUUCAUGAACCAUAUGAAACACCAUGUAGAACUUGAUCAGCAGAAUGGUGAGGUGGAUGGUCAUACUAUCUGCCAACACUGUUACCGCCAGUUUUCUACUCCCUUCCAGCUCCAGUGCCACCUGGAAAAUGUUCAUAGUCCCUAUGAAUCUACUACAAAGUGCAAGAUCUGUGAGUGGGCAUUUGAAAGUGAGCCACUAUUUCUCCAGCAUAUGAAGGAUACUCAUAAGCCUGGAGAGAUGCCUUAUGUUUGUCAGGUGUGUCAAUAUCGUUCCUCACUCUACUCUGAGGUAGAUGUCCAUUUUCGGAUGAUCCAUGAGGAUACCCGGCAUUUGCUCUGCCCUUAUUGCCUGAAGGUCUUCAAAAAUGGCAAUGCAUUCCAACAGCAUUACAUGAGACACCAGAAGAGAAAUGUUUAUCACUGCAACAAGUGCCGGCUGCAGUUUCUCUUUGCCAAGGACAAAAUUGAACACAAGCUUCAGCAUCAUAAAACCUUCCGUAAACCCAAGCAGCUGGAGGGCUUGAAACCAGGCACCAAGGUGAAGAGUUUGCCAAAGUGAAAUCCGGGCUCCCGAGGACAGCCACGAACUGUUCCUGUAUCCUCCAACGAUACACCAUCCAGCGCCUUGCCAGAAGCAGCACCACUGACGUCUUCAGCGGACCCUGCCUGUUUUCCUUUAUCCCCUGUCCAACGCAACAUCCAGAAGAGAGCUGUUAGGAAAAUGAGUGUCAUGGGCCGGCAGACAUGUCUGGAAUGCAGCUUUGAAAUCCCAGAUUUCCCUAAUCAUUUCCCUACUUACGUACACUGCUCUCUGUGUCGCUAUAGUACCUGCUGCUCUCGAGCUUAUGCCAACCACAUGAUCAACAAUCAUGUUCCACGGAAGAGCCCCAAGUAUUUGGCUUUGUUUAAAAUUCUGUGAGGUAAUGAAAAGCUGGCCUGCACUUCAUGUACUUUGCUUACCUCUGUAGGGAGAUGCCAAUGGCCAAGCAUUUGGUAUUCAACCCUCCCACGAUCAAGCAGCAUCCUGCCACGGGGACUCAAUUGGAUAUCUCACUCAAGGCAUGGCCAGACUCGUGACCGAGUGCAUGACCGGAACUUGAAGAAUAUAUAUCCUCUCCUCUCUUCCCGCCCACAAAGCUGCUCUGUGAAAUCUGCAGGGGCCACCCCAGCUGAGCCUGAAGAUCCAAUUACCAUGGCUCAGCACUCCAUCACCAACCUCAACUGCAACCCACCACCAACCCCAUCACCCACCUUAGCCCUUCCACCCUUGGCCACAGAAGGGGCUGAGUGUCUGAUGUUGAUGACCAGUGAAGGCAGCCCAGUCACCAGGAACCUGAGCCAGAUCAGGUGGUGGAGGAGCAAUGGGGCUGGCAAGAAGGAGCAGCUGUCUGUGAAGAAGCUUCGAGUAGUACUGUUUGCCCUGUGCUGCAAUACAGAACAGGCAGCUGAACACUUCCGAAACCCCCAGCGACGUAUUCGGCGUUGGCUUCGUCGAUUCCAAGCCUCCCAGGGGGAGAAUCUAGAGGGAAAAUAUCUCAGCUUUGAGGCAGAGGAGAAACUGGCUGAGUGGGUGCUGACCCAACGAGAGCAACAGUUACCCGUAAAUGAGGAGACCUUGUUCCAGAAGGCCACCAAAAUAGGACGUUCUUUGGAGGGGGGGUUAAGAUCUCCUAUGAGUGGCUGUGCGUUUCAUGUUGCGGACACCUACUCCCCAUGCAGGCGAGCUGUGGCUCACACCCUUCCGAAGGAUGUAGCAGAAAAUGCAGGACUCUUCAUUGAAUUUGUACAGCGGCAGAUUCACAACCAGGACUUACCCUUGUCUAUGAUUGUGGCUAUUGACGAGAUCUCCUUGUUCCUGGAUACAGAAGUGCUGAGCAGUGAUGACCGAAAGGAGAAUGCUCUGCAGACAGUGGGUACAGGGGAACCUUGGUGUGAUGUAGUACUAGCCAUUCUGGCAGAUGGCACUGUCCUCCCCACCCUGGUUUUCUACCGAGGACAAAUGGAUCAGCCUGCUAAUGUGCCAGACUCCAUAUUGCUAGAGGCGAAGGAAAGUGGCUACAGCGAUGAUGAGAUCAUGGAGCUGUGGUCAUCACGAGUGUGGAGGAAGCACACAGCUGUAGCGCAGCAAGGCAUGCUUGUGAUGGACUGUCAUCGCACUCACUUGUCUGAAGAGGUACUGGCUAUGCUUAGUGCCUCUAGCACUUUGCCUGCAGUUGUUCCAGCAGGCUGUAGCUCCAAAAUCCAGCCAUUAGACGUAUGCAUCAAGCGAACUGUUAAAAACUUCCUGCAUAAAAAGUGGAAGGAGCAGGCUCGGGAAAUGGCUGAUACUGCAUGUGAUUCUGAUAUUCUGCUUCAGUUAGUGCUGGUCUGGCUCAGUGAGGUGCUGGGUGUCAUUGGAGACUGCCCAGAGCUAGUUCAGCGGUCCUUCCUUGUGGCUAGUGUUCUGCCAGGCCCUGAUGGCAACAUUAACUCACCUACACGAAAUGCUGACAUGCAGGAGGAGCUCAUUGCUUCCCUAGAAGAGCAGCUGAAGCUGAGUGGGGAACAGUCUGAGGAACCCUCAGCUUCCACUCCCCGACUCCGAUCAUCUCCUGAAGAGACAGUUGAACCUGAAAGCCUUCACCAGCUCUUUGAGGGGGAAAGUGAGACAGAGUCUUUCUAUGGCUUUGAGGAAGCUGAUCUAGAUCUAAUGGAGAUUUGAGUGUUGGGGUUAUGAGUGUGUGGAGUUGGGGUGGGAAGGUGAGGGAGGGUAGAGGGAUUUAGGGAAAAGGGGGCAUACCAGGUGGGGUAUUUGGUUUAUAUUUUUAAUUUAAUGCCACCACUCCCCCUGACAUUGACUUACUUCCCUGUGAAUUUGUGGAUUAUUAGGAAAACCAAUAGUGAUCACUUCUGAGCCGAGAAGCUGACCCCAUUGGUCAUUCACUUCUGCUAAAAACAGAUUUUUGUGACUUUUUUUUAAAAAUUAAAUCACUGUGUUUGUUAUUUUUCUGACAAAAUCAAGAAAAAGGAAAAAAAAUUCUUUGUGGGCGAAUGUUAAACUGUUUUGUUUCCCCUUUUACCUCAAUUGUAUCAUAGUACUUCCAGGUUUUUUGUUUGUUUUACUGUGUGGCCAAUGUCUUUGGGCAUGAUAUUAUCUAAUAACCAUUUUAAUGUGAGACAUUUCUGAAGAUGGGAAAGACAAAAAAUGUAGUCACAAACUGGUUUAUUAUAUAUAUGGAUAAAAAAUUUUUCAUUGUGUCUUAAACUUUUAUAUAAA